AUGUCGGACGAGUCACAAAGACGCCGUGCGAAGAAGGUGAAAACACGGACUGGCUGUCCUAAUUGCAAGAGACGCAAAGUGAAGUGCGAUGAACAGCUGCCAGGAUGUAAGAGGUGCGCGAAAAUUGGAGUCGAAUGUCCCGGCUAUCAUAAGCCUGUGAAAUGGUCAGUCAAGUAUGAGAGAUACUUGGUUAAUUCAUCACCGACUGCGGGAAACUCCUUUCAUUGGGUUGAAUCAGGUGCCAAAAAUCCAUCAAACUCGACGCAGCUGAAAUCAGGGCCUGCAAGCCACGAGACUCAGAAUGACAACGAGUCCGAGGUACAAGCACCCUGUCCUUUCACGCAAGGUUCUAGUUCGAGUUUAUCUGAUGCCAGGGAGCACUUGGAGGACAGGAUAGAAAUACAACCACCCUCCACGUCGAAUUCAGAUCAAUACUCGACAUUAUACGACGAUCUCCAAGUGGAUGAGGAAUUUCCUCUUGCGCUAGAGGCCGUAGAUGAUGCCUCUUUUUGCCUGACGUCCUACACACCAACUCCACAGACAUCACUCAUCCUGGAUCACUACUUUACAACAGUUUGCCAUUUCAACUCAUCCUUCGACUCGGCGAAUAACCCGUUCCGAUCAGAAGUUGCCAGAAUGAUGGCCGACUCACCCCUACUCUUCAGCUGCGUGCUGAGCAUGUCCGCAGCUCAUUUGUACCAAGGCGACAAAAACAGCAGCUAUGUUCCAUUGGAGUUCCAGACUGAGGCAAUGUCACAUCUCUCGCAAACAUUGUCCGAGCUUCCUAUAAGCAAGGAAUGCGCGGUGCAUGAUAACCGACCUACAGUCUUGGUAUCUCGGGAGAGGAUUCUGAACGUUUCAGAUGACUUGCUCUUGAGCAUUAUAUUCCUGGGAAUGACUGCAGCUUGGCAUGAUGUCUCUGCAACUGGUCUGCCACAUCUCCAUGGGUCACGACAACUGUUCAAAUCAUGGAUAGCAUUCAACAAACUCACAAACAUGGACAACAGAAGACAAAUGACAAAAACACAAACAUUCGUGGUCUCAUCUAUGGUAUAUUGGGAAGCUAUGAGCUCAGCGCUCUUCGACCAGCAAUAUGAAGACUUAUCACAUCUCAGCAUAUUUUGUGAUCCCCAUCCCCCAGCACUCAUUCAGCCUUGUCCAUGGACUGGCGUUGCAACGCCCAUUUUUGUGUUUCUUGCAAUGACACUGACACUGGUGCGGAACAACCAGGCUUUAAGGAGCUUGCGGGUUUUUGAGUCUGGAGAGAGUCAUCGGAAGGCUUUGUAUACUGAAUUACUCAUCAAAGCAACCAGUCUUGAACGUGAGAUUGUGGAGUAUCGGCUGCCCUUUGUUGGUCUUAUUGACAACAUUGGGGAUCCAUGCACAACGCCUGAUCACUUGCUGGCUAUUUCUCGCUGUUAUCGCAUGGCUGCCCUAUUAGAGCUCUACUCUGCAUUCCCGGAAACAACGGGGAAAGAGGAGAGGCCAGACGGUGCUAUUGAUCUUGGCCAUAGCGAUGACAGGCCACACCUAGUCAUGGGACUGGCAUUCAGCAUAUUGGAAACCUUGGAAAAAAUUCCGGAUGACUCAGGGACAAUAUCGAUACAGCUUCUGUCACUACUGAUCGCUGGUAGUGUACUGGGGCCUGUUUGUCCAAAGGGAGAAGGUCUAGGAUUGAAGAGAUUGGAAACACUUCGUCUGCGAACAUUUGUUCGACAGCGGAUUCACAAGAUGUAUGCGGCUGUUCGUUUGGGGCCAAUUGGAAACGCUAUGCUCAUACUAGAGGAGGUUUGGGCGCGUAUGGACAUCUUACCGGCAGUUCAGAAUGUGAGCUCGGCGAUGUCGAACUGUCACUGGAUAGAUAUCAUGUCGGAGAAGAGACUAGAAACAAUGUUUGGAUGA